UCCCGUAGUAACCUUUCCUGCCUGUUGGUGCGUUUGCGCCUCCUGUCUUGAAAGAGAGGUGAAGAAGAGUUUACUUUACAGAGUUCAGGGUUUGGUUGCGGUGUUCGUGUGGAGUAAAGGGUUUUGUCGAGGCAGAAAGCCCAUUUUCACGGAGCCAAGAUGCUGAACAUGUGGAAGGUUAGGGAGUUGGUGGACAAAGCAACCAACGUAGUGAUGAACUACUCAGAGGUGGAGUCUAAAGUCAGAGAGGCCACCAAUGACGACUCAUGGGGACCAUCAGGACAACUGAUGAGUGAAAUCUCCAGAGCCACCUUCAUGUAUGAGCAGUUCCCAGAGGUGAUGAACAUGCUGUGGGCCCGCAUGCUGAGGGAUAACAAGAAGAACUGGCGGAGAGUCUACAAGUCCCUGCUACUGCUGGCCCAUCUAAUCAGGAAUGGAUCGGAGAGGGUUGUUACCAGUACCAGAGAACACUUGUAUGACCUUAGAUCAUUAGAAAGCUACCACUUUGUAGAUGAGAAUGGGAAGGACCAAGGUGUGAAUGUGCGUCAGAAGGUGAAGGAGAUGGUAGAUUUUGUCCAGGAUGACGAAAGGCUAAGGGAAGAACGGAAAAAGUCCAAAAAGAACAAAGACAAAUACAUCGGGGUGUCCUCGGACAGUAUGGGAUACCGAAGAUACUCGGGGGACAGGUAUGACACCAGCGAUAGCCGGGGAAAGUGGGACGACGACUGGGAGAGGAAUAAAGGGCAAUUCCCCUUCAGCGAGAAAUUGGGGGAGAUCAGCGACAAAAUCGGCAGCACCAUUGAUGAUACCAUAAGCAGAUUUAGGAAGCAGGAUAGAGACGACUCACCAGAUCGAUUUAGUGACAAUGAGGAGGACCGUAGUCGCUCGUCUCACAAUGGCCAGUCAGGAAAAGAAUUCAAAGACGAAGAGGAGACUGUAACCACCAAGAGUGUACACAUAGUCCAAGCAACAGAGACUACAGCAACACGGAAGAGAGGGGUCCCGUCUAAGGUCGUAGACUUGGGAGCCGCAGCCCACUAUGUGGGCGAUAAGAGCCCAGUCACCACCACCAAACAGCCAGCCGCCCCCCAGCCCUCCAGCACUAUCCUAGCUGACCUAUUUAUGGUGGACUCUACACCGAGCCAGCCUGCUGCCACAGACCUGAUCAGUGGAUUUGCUGACUUCGCCUCACCUGCUGCCUCCGUCGGCAUCUCCUCAGUAUCUGCCGCACCUUCCUCUAGCAGUAAUGGAGACUUUGGAGAGUGGAACGCCUUCCCUGGAGGUCAGAUGCCAGCAUCUGCUCAGACUGACACCGGUGGAAAUUACCUUUUUGGAGGCAUGACAGGUCCUGCCCCCACCCCAGCUUCAGGCUCUGGUCCUGCCUCAGCCGACCUGUUUGACUUGAUGGGGCCAACACAGUCCCUCAGCUCCUCCCAGAGCCUCAACUUUAGCAUGAGCAGCGCACAGAGCAUGAGCGCCGCAGUCCUGCACCAGUCUAGUUCAGAGCACCUACAGAAUAUGGGGGGUCCUCUUCAACCGCAGUCUGUGCACCAGGAGGUGGCCUCUCAAGGUGCCGGAGCCAAAGCAGCCCUCCCUUCCACCUGGUCAGACCCCACAGUUAACAUCAGCCUGGACUUCCUGGGCCCAGGUGUGCACCCACCCAAGCAGAGCCAGCCCACCCUCAACACCCUCCAACACGGCAUCCAGACACCUGCCAACCUGCUCUCCCAGGGAUUUUCCGGUAUGAGCCUUGGACCUACACCAGUCAGAUCGCCUGUAAAUCCUAUGAUGCACCCUAGUGCUGGCAUGGGGAUGGCAACCAACCAGGGCAUGAUGGGGAUGGCAACCAACCAGGGCAUGAUGGGGAUGGCAACCAACCAGGGCAUGAUGGGGAUGGCAGCCAACCAGGGCAUGAUGGGGAUGGCAACCAACCAGGGCAUGAUGGCGAUGGGCAUGAACAUGGGGAUGCCACAGGGAGGUAUGGGGAUGGGGAUGAACCCUGCAAUGGUCCAACAGCCCAAACACGAUGCCUUUGCUGACUUUGGCAACUUUGGAAAGUGAACUGGAGAAAAAAGAUUAUCUGGUGGAGUGGUGUCUCUCUUUUUUUAUAUAUAUAUAUAUAUAUAUAUAUAUAUAUAUAUAUAUAUCUCUAUAUAUAUAUCUCACUCUCCCCGUCCAUUGGUAAAGGAUUGUUAUGAGCUGCAAACAAAGAGUACUUUAAUAAUGUCAACCAUCACAAUAUCCUGCAAUCUCCUUAAUAAUUUUUUUUGAAAUGCUGUGUUGUGAUAUGGAUCUAAAUGAAUGAGUUAGUGUUGUGUUUGAACCAAUGAUCUGUCUGGUCUUGGGUGAUAGUCAGACACACACUGAUGGCAGUGUGCCUUGUUGGUUACUGAAGAGUCGGUGAGAAGAAGGAAGAGUGCCAGAAUGUCAGGGGCUUUGCUUUAUAACCUCACUCAAGUGAAAUUACCAGAAGAGCGAAACAAUAUCCCUAGCCGCAUAAUUUUCUCAGUAACUUUACGGAGUGAUACGUUUUGAAUAACUUGAUCAGCCAUUUUAACUUUCUAAUGUACAUUUAAGAAUAUCAAGUUACCUCUUUUUAUGUCAUUGCUCUUCCUUUGACCUGUAAAUAGAAAUCUGGAGCCCUCGCAAAUAAGUUAUGAUGUUCCUAAUAUAGGAGGCAGUGGCGGUGUGAAGAGUUGUAUCAUGCAGACCAAAUCUGAUAUGAAUCAAGACCCAUAACAAAGCACAUUGGCACCUUGUCUUUGUACAUAAGUGUCCACACUCCAGAUGUGGCCUGUCAGUGCUGCAGUUAAAGUAAUGAAGGAGUGUUUGGAGUGAAGGUUAUCGAUUUAAUUUAAAGAGUUUCUCCUUCAACAGACCAUCAAUUGUGGCCUUUCUUAUUGCUAUAUAUAUAUAUCUAUAUAUUUUACUUACGAAGACUAUUAUAAUCAGUUUGCAUCCAAAUGAGAUAAUCAGUAGGUAGAGAAGGCCUCAUACAGGGGUUGUGGGUUCUUAAUUACAGCACAGAGUGCCUGAAAGACAUUUGCCUUUGCUCUUCGGUUAACCUCUUAGAAGGAAACGAUGUGACUGCAGCGCUGAGGCGACCAGACCGGAGCUUCUGUACUAUGUACAAACAUCUGUGUUUGUACUAAUGCCUCAAGCCACGCAUACGUCUGUACAGAUAUCAGAUGCAAUCGUAGAAUAAUUUCGCUCACUGUUUUGAUCGUCCCACGCACACUUAAGUGGUUCCACUUCAUUCAGGUCAGCGAUAAGUUCAGAGCUAAAAAACAAUCUGCCAAGUUGAAAAUGUAUUCGGCUCAACUUGAAUCGGCACCUCAAGGGCACGGACUGUUAGAUUGCGUCGCGCAUCCAUCUGUUAAAUGUUCCACCAGUUCGUCUCGGCUGCCCUUCUCACCUUCCAUCCCGAUUUAAUGUUGCACAUAAAAACAAAAAUAAACAGCAAUCUUAGAAACUGCGUAGCCGUCUGCAUGUUUUGCAUCUUAUUUAUGAGAGGAAGAGCUUUUACCAGUGGGGAAGCCGUUUGUACUCUCCCAGUACGUCAUGUGCUGUGGGGGAGCUCAUAAUGAACGAGCCCAUUCAGCGGUACACCAGCUACCUGAUGUUAGACGUACAACACAUUGGUCUUCAGCGGUUCAAGUGCCUGCCGGUGGUUGCCUCCUGACCCUUGUAAUGAGUGAUAAGUAAAUCUUGGCUGCCUAACGUUUUUAGUACGUCAACGAUUACAUAAAUAAUUCACUGACCAGAGAAGGCAGUGGGUUCUGCAGCCCCGAGAGCGUUGGAGUUGUUGAAGCUUGCCUCCUCUCCCGAGGGCUCGAGGGGCGGAGCACACUAACACGUAGUAGCCUUGCGUCGGAGUCUCAAGCAUUAAAAUGACCAAAAUCUGUUUGCUGUUUUUUCUAUAAAAUAUAUAUAUCAGUAGAGGUUGUUUUAUUCAUUUUGUACUUCAAAUUGAUUUGAUCUUCUCUAAAGUGGGAUUGUUACUGAAACACUAGCAUAUGCAAAUGUAAAAAAAAAAGAAAAUUAAAAAAAAAUCCUUUGAGAAAAUGACAUUUUGCAUUGUUCCCAUUUCGAUUUGAUUUACACAUUGAUUCUUUAUCUACAACAUUAAACAGUUGAUUGAGA